UUAACAACAAAUUAAACAAACGGUUGAUUUAGCUCGUUGGUGCCGCCCUGAAACUGUUUCCGUUGACGUCACUGUCGCUGGCCAAUAGGAGCCCAGAUAUUGUUUCGGUGCAAAUUUCAAACGCCGUUCAAUCGACAGACCAACGGGUGGCCGUACAUCUGAAGACAAACGCGUUUGUUUUAUUUUUUGAGUCGGUUGUGUUGUUUAAUAAGGCUCUUGACACCGUUCAUCUGUCUGCAGUGGCAACAUGAGAGUGAGGUAAGUAAACGCGGUUUCGCACUUUGAUUUGCGCUUAAAAAUUAACGCUAAACGGUUAUUUGUGAUUAGCAAACGUACACUUCCUGAUUAGCCUGCUGGUUUUCGAUAAUGCUACGUUAGCUUUCAAUGUGAGCACACGUACGUGGGUUAAAUCACCAUGUGAUAGAGGGACUAUUUGUUUGCUAGAACAUAUUAUUUUUAACCGUAACGAAAUUAAAGUAGGUCUCGCUUGCUAUAUGUCACUGCUCGGUGGUGUUGAGCGUUUCCGUCACUCUGGUAUCUCAGGUUUUAGACGGUGCCAUAAGUGUCUAGAUAACUCGCUGGGGUUAAUGAUACCUUUAGACCGGUUUGACUCGCAACAGAUGUUUAAAAAGCAAAGUAACGACCCCAUCUAACCACUCUGUUCUUUCAGUGAAGUCCACGCAGCAGAGUCUGUCGCCUACCUCAACCGAGCGCUGGUCAGACUUCAGGAUAUCUGGGAGGAGAUUGGUAUUCCGGAGGAGCAGCGCCUACAGAGAACCAAUGAUGUUCACAAACACAUUAAAGUAAAUAUCACACCGACUUUGAUCAAGUUAAUCUGGUUGUUGAGUUUGCAGAGGAGUUAUCAUGAAUAUUGUUUUUCAUUGCAGGGUUUGCUGGACCUCAUGAUUGCUGAAGAAGAGGAGCUCAAAAAGAGGUUGUUGAAAAGCAUCGAGUCUUGUCUCAAAGAGCUCAAUCAUUUGAGCAGUGAACUUCAGCUGCCACCAUUUGAGGUACAGUUUUGUGAAGAGGCAAGUCUUUUCUUAAAUCUGUAUUAGACAGUUGCUUUUUGGCUGAACUUUUUUGUUGUUUUUUUCCCCGUUUCUUUUCAGGAGGAGGAUGGCUGCACCAUGCUGCAGAUUGAAAAGAACAGCCGCACCCGUCUUGAGGUUAUGAAGGAACACAAAAGGCAAAGAAUGGAAGAGCUGAAAAGCCUCAUCUGCAAAGACCGGGAGCUGUGCGAUAUCAUGUGCACAACUCCAUUUUGCAUCGAUCACGAUUCUGUCCCAUCAUUACAGCAACUGGAGUCUUAUCAUGCAUACCUAAAGGAUCUGACAAAGGAGAAGGUAUGACUUACAUUGUGCUUUUUGACAUUACUACCAAACUGUCUCUUUUAUACAAGGGCUGUAACCCACACUGUAUUCUCAGGAGCGACGGCACGAUGAAUUUGUAAGUGUCAAAAAGGAGAUCGGCACAUGCAUGGAGGAUUUGGAACGACAGGCUGAGACCAGUUUUGAGAUGGACGUGAUGUGUGAAGAUGAGGAGGCAUUUUGUUUGUCAAAUGACAACAUUGCUGCUCUUAAACUACUCCUUAGUCAGGUAAUUUUGUGACGGGCCUCUAGAUGUUUGUUUAAUCUCGAAUGCUUCCCACAGAAUAUAUUUAUGCGAGGUGAAAAUAAAAUGAAUGUAUAAUUUAUACUCCUCCUCUCUUCAGUUACACGAACAGAAGGCUGAGAAUGAGCUCCGUUGCUCAGCUCUCCGCAUUAAGAUGCAAGAGCUAUGGGAAAGACUCCAGAUUCCUCAAGAGGAGAGAGAGGCCCUUUCAGAGCAUAUGGUCAAGUCAAAGAAGAGAGACAUUGAAGCAGUAAGAAAACUAUCUUCUGUAGUUUUUAGCAUUAAAUUAUCAGAUGACAGUAAUUAAUUCUGUCAGCAGGACUCUAAAACAAUAUGCCUUUCCAGCUCCAGGUGGAGGUCCAGCGUCUCGAGGUGCUGAAAAUGCAGAGCAUGAGGAGCGUCAUUGAAGCCAUCAGAGCUGAGAUCGCUCUUUUCUGGGAGAGAUGCUUCUACAGCCAGGAACAGCAGCAAGCCUUUGUUUCAUAUCACUCUGGUAAAUAUCUGCUGUUUACUGACGAAGCCCUCGCAGUGUUUUAUCAUUACAAAGGACUUACAGUUCUCUUUUUUUCUCUCACCACAGAUGAUUUCACUGAGGAGACUCUCGAAGUGCAUGAGGCUGAGGUUAAGGUCCUGAAGAAGUAUUAUGAAGACCACAGAGAGCUCUUUGAGGGGGUCACAAAAUGGCAGGAGAACUGGACCCUGUACCUAGAACUUGACGUAAGUAUAGUCCUCGUGAAUUCAAUAUGGAAGAAUCUCAAAUAAAUGUAUGUUCGAGUGGCUAUAUUUAUGUAAUUUCCAUCUCAGAAAAAGGCCAAUGACCCAGCGAGGUUUAACAACAGAGGUGGGAACCUUCUGAGAGAAGAGAAGCAGAGAGCUGAUCUGCAGAAAAGUUUGCCAAAGGUGAGGAGUUUUCGCUUAAGGUCAGAUGAAAAUGUUACAAAAUGCAAACGGACUGAUAUAUGAGCGGUUCUUACUUGUAAGAGGAGCUGUAAUUGGACAUUCAAUAUACAUCUGUCAAAACAGAUCAACUGUUGAACGAACAAGCUCAUGUAAAACAGAUGUGUGUAGGUGCAUUACCAGUAGUCCCCAACAGAUGGAGAAAGUAAAACAUUAAUGACCUUUAGUGUGUUUGUCAUUUGCAGUCAGUGACUUCACCAAAUUUUGGCACUGAAUUAGCAUUUUAGAGAUUUGACUAGAGAGUUAAGUCCGACAUUAGACUCCUUUUAAAUGAUACAUCUAACAACAGAGAUUAAAUCUGUAUUUCCUGUUUGCUCCAGCUGGAAAAGGUUCUGAAGGCCCAGAUAGAUCUUUGGGAACAGGAGAAUGGAGCUGAAUUUCAAGUCAAUGGACAGAAGUUUCUGGAGUUUGUGCAGCAACAGUGGGCUAACCAUCAUGCUGAGAAGGAGAAAGAGAAGCUCGAGAGGGUAUUAACUUAUUUUUCAAAGACGUUUUGACUUUUGUUUAAAAAUUCUCAUCUGUGUAAAUUACCUGUGUUGACAGUAUGAGAGACCCUUUUUUGUUUUGAUGUAGCAAAUGAAGAAAAGUAAGCAGACACAAGAGGAUAUGUUGUACGGAACAGCGAGAACACCAUCCAAAAGGCGGAUAGCAGGGACUCCCACACCUGGAAAAAUCAGAAAGGUAAGAUGAGAGGUCAACUUUUGUCAUUUAUUUUUAUAUUUCAUUCUUGCAUGUGUGGGGGAACUUGCCAUGUUGUGGAAUUUCAAGCUGACCAAGCAGUUGUCUCUGUCUAUGCAGCUCAACGGCACCACGACCAUCUCCACUCCAAACAGCUUCCUUAGUUCGGGCCUUGGUGGAACUAUGUGCCAGUCCUCCAUCCAGAAACCCCCUCUGUCUGCCAGCAAGGUAUCCUCACUGUCUGUCCUCCAUGAGCUGACUGUUAAGAGUUAGAUUAGUUUGCUCUGAAUGUGAAUCUCUUGUUCUGAUUUAUUCUCUUGUUUUAUUUUGCAAUACGCAAUAGGCAGGGUAUAAUCUCCACUUUCUCAUCUUCUGAAGUGGGUGAUUGAAAACAAUGUCAUUGUUGUCGGUUCUGUUGUAGGGUCUUGGCCUUAGAACCCCUGGACAUGGAAGGACUCCUCGUGCACUAGACAGAAACAAGGAAAACAUCUCCCACCUCAAUAGACACACUCCAAGUGCCACACUCAGGUCUCAGGAUACUCAAGAUCACACCCUCACCUUUAACUCUAUUGCUGCCUCCUAUUCGGAAUUUGCGGUAAAUGAGGUUUUACAUCUGUUUAGUGUCUAACAACAGGAAGUACCAAAAUAAAAGUAAAGUCUGCUCAUAAAAAAAGGCUGUAUUUUCCCACGUCACAUGUCAUGUAGAGCUAAAAGAUAUCCUGUUCUAAUAACGUCUGGAAUUAUAUAUUCAAACCAUCAAAUUUGUUGCUCAUGUUAAAAUCUUUAAUAUCGCCUUGUGAAAAUCUGAUCAUUUUUUCAGUUGCAACAGUUUAUCUCACAUCAAUUUCCCUGAAAUUAUUUUUUUUGUUUUUUGGUUGAGUUUUUUAACGAGGUGUACGAUUAGCUUUCUGCAAAACAAGUAACGCUAGCAUGAUGAUGAAAUCUACAACUUGAAAGCCAAAAAGUGAAGAGCUGCUUCAACCCCUUUUCUGCACAAUUUAUUUCAAUCAAAUCAUUUGAAUUAAUUUUUAGCUUCUUACCUGUAGAGACACAAUCAAUACAUACUCUUUGAAACAAUGCAGUACGUCAUAAACAGUCAAAAUAUUUCUACAAGAAAUCAGAAUAAAUCAGAUUCAACAGGGCCACAGUUGGACCCUUUAACACGGGCUCUGAAGAUUGAGUCGAAACAAAAGUAUUUCCUCAAAAUGAGCCUUUAGUACCUUUUAUUCACGCACACACACUGACCUGUAGAUCUUAUUGCUGGACUUAAUGUGAACAAAGAUACUGAUGUUUGCUCUUUGGUUUUCACAGAGAGACCUCUCAAAGGCUUCUAAAUCGAAUGUGAAGACAGGAUUUCUGAACUCCACCGUCAGUCAUCAGUGAUGGACUGCAGCAGCCUCCCAGCUCGGAUGUUUUUUGGUAUAGUUUGUAUUUAGGGGACGACAGGGGAAUGUACAUGUAAACUUCUUACAAAAACUUGUAAAUAUUUGAAUUUGUCUGACCGCCUGUCUUUCCUCUGUCCUGUUUUUAAGAUUUUAUUUCAGGGUUUUUCCAAAAGCGUUUCUCUCUGCUGUAUUCUUUUUUUUUUUCUCCCUUUUUUUGACAAAUUCCUGAUUGUCCCAGAAUUAUUGUGGGUAGCUCAUUUUUAGGGGGGGGGGGCUUUUAAGUGAAACAUUAUUUACCGUAUGUAGAGCACUACAUUUAGAUCGUACCCUAGCAUUAAGCUAGCACACGUUUUCUACUCCAGCUGGAAUGACCGCUAUUCACAUGCACCAUGUUUUUCAGAGCUUUUCCAAUACUCGUGCUGUAAAUAAACAUUUUAAAAAGCAAAGUUUUGGCCUUGUAGUGUUUACUUAUUACUCUUGUCACUUAAAAAUAAGCUUGAAUGUGGUACUUGGAGAAACUCCUCUUCUUCACAAAGUAGAAAACGAAUGAUUUGGUUAAGCCAUUUGAGACAUGAGUUCUUCGAGCGCUCGUUCUCUGUGAUUUUCAUGAACAAGCAGCACUUCCUUUAUUGCAUUUUGCUGGAAGCCCAUCUCAUUGAAUUGAGUCAGGAGGUGCAGGAACUCAGCUGCCUAGAAGAUAAAUAAGAAUACAUGUACAUCACAAAAAAGUUCUGACUUUUGUUGCUCUGGGAACAUAAACACUGUUGAGUUAGUCACCUUGCUCUCACAGUUCUGAAACAUCUCCAAGGCCUCCUCCACCUGUGCUUCAUCAUAACCCAGAUCACACAGAUGGUCACUUGCAACCAGGUACUCUAGUAUCUGUGGAGAAGGCAGGUAUCAGCUGACAUAGUUGGUCGAAACGUUUAAUCUACAGAUAAUCGAGGUUUGAAAAUCACAAUUAACUUGUAGACUGGAGAGACACACCUUAUCUGGGUUGUGAUAGCCGGUCUUCUGCAGAGCUAGAAUGGCUGUGCGAAGAGGGUAGCCCUUCUCUGUGAUGCUUUCCAGCACAUCCCUCUCUUCCUGGUUGAGUGCUGACAUCAACUCUGCAGCUGAGUCAAAGAAAACCCCGGGAGAGCUGCCUGUCCUCAGGGCCUGUUGAAGAGGGAAGAACAGACGCAAGGAGGCAGGUCAUUGGAAGGACAGGGAGGAAUAUAUUUAUGAUUCAGAGAGUGACUAAAAAAAAUCAGACCUUCUGUUUGUGGUGUGUGACCAGAGGCCCUGCAGAGGACGGUCUUAUCUGUUUGAACCUGGAUGGAGGAGGACCAGCAGGGGGCGUGUUUUGAGAAAGCUUUCUGCCCACAGAGCCCAGUGAGCGUGUCCUCUUUUUGCUGUUCUUCUGCCCAGGAGGGAAAGGGCUGGCCUGCUGUAACCUGUGAUGCUCCAGAGCUUGCAAAGGUUGUCUGCAGUCUUGAAAUAAAGGUGACUUGUUUCUCGAUCCUCUGGAGCCCUGAAGGGAUGCAGGUUUACAGUGGUGAGAAGAACCACAGUGAGAUUCUUUGACUUUGGAGGGUGUAUCUUUGGGUGUUGCACCCCGAGGCCGCUCUCUGCUCUUUAUCGAGUGACAGGCAUCUUCUGCGGAGGAGCCUUCGUUGUCCUCAAAGUAUCCAUCUUCAUCUUCUGAGUCAGAUAAGAGGAACCUGACAGUGCGAUGGUGCCGCCAGUGAGCGUCUGCGGAGUUUAGGCUGUGGCUGCGGGGUCGAAGUGUUGGGGCCCACUGGUCACUGCUCCUGUGUUUGGGUCUGCAGCUCUUCUGAGGAGUGCUGAACAUCAGCCAGUAAGGGGGACAGGAAGGGGUCUGACAGACCUGCUGCUGCCCGGUUACAAUCAAUUUCUCCAGGUUGAAUCCAUACUACAGGAGAAAAAGACCUUUUAAGCAGAAGAGACUUGAUUCACCACAGCAGGUUCAGUGCUGCUGUCACAUUAACAGUGACUAUGGCUCCAGUAAGAGAUGAUUGUGAGGCACAGCGUCAGGACUCUGAGACUGAAUUUAAUAAGUUUUGACACAUUUGUGUAUUUCCCUGAUAUGUGAGCCGAUGAAAUUACUUAAUGAUCAUAAAUGUUAACGUUAACCUCUGUAAGCUUUAACAGUGAAGUCAAUUCAUGUAUUUCUGUCUUUAAAUUAAGCUAAAACAUUUUGUUUAUAGAAUUCAUACAGAGAACUAUUCACAAAGUGUUGACAGGUUCAUAUUUACAAGUUUAGAUGCUUUUCUCUACAGCUGUUUGUGAGGGUGAACAGAUUAUGCAGAAUGUGUUUUUGAGGUUUAUUUACAUUUACUUAGAGUUUCUAGCCUCUGAUUGAAAAGUGCUGUGACAUGUGAUCAGGGUGGUCCAGGAUGUUACGGUUUUGGGUUAUGUUGUGGUUAUGAAAAGAUGGCUGGACAGUUAAAGUGCUGUUAUGAAAGUUAUCUGUCUCCAUCCUGCUGUUUCUAAUCAUCAGAAUUAUCCAACUACCUUACAUCGAACCUUCACGUUACACCUCUAAAUGCAAGAUGAAAGCAAUGACUUGGCACGCACAGAAUCAGAUAACAUGUUAAAAAGCAGCAAACAAAUAUUUCCAUCAUCCAAUUAACAUGUUAAACUACUUAAUGUGUCUCUUUAAAGCAAAUAAAGGAUGCUUCCAAAUCCUCAAAAAUACCCCCAUAAAUCUGUUACCAACUGUGAUAUUUGUGUAUAUAUUUUCUUUCACACAGUGAAUUUAUGUGAAAUGAUUUCCUGAGAGGAAAACUACAGUAUAAAGCCACUGUUUAUGAAGCAUUUCCAUCCACAUAUUAAACCAAGAUAAAACUAUAGCUACAUGGAUGUGCGACCUCAGUAUCUUGUAGUAUCCGACCACAGUCCGGUAUAGAGAUUUCCGGAGCCGCCACGAGCUGCACUUCCUCCCGCAAGGGGCCCAGGAAGGUCUGAAACGGGAUGUCCUCCAGAGGGUUCAUUUUCUCCAACAAGCACCUGCAGCAGUAGAGUUAUUCAGAGUUCAUUCAUUUGGAGUUAUGAAAUCAAACCUUCUUGUCGCUCUUUCUUACUUCUGUGAGGUAUCCUCUGUCCAGUUCACGAUCCCUCUGAGGUGUUGACAGCGUACGCACAGGCAUCAUCUCAGGGUUUAAACCUCUUCAACACUAAGCCUCUGACAUCACCUGAGCAGUUGUUUACAAAUAAUACCACAGACAACAACUCUGAUCCUCCCUGCAAAAAUACUUAAUAGUACACAAAAAAUGUACACAGAAUACAUCUAUUCAAUAUAUACAAACUACAUUUGGCUGAGUCGUAUUAAAGCAGCCCAAGACUUGCACUUACACUGUAAACAAUCCACAAUUUUUAGAUUUCACUGUUGUUACAGUAACACUGCAUGAAAUACUGUUUCUCCGUUUUCUUUUUGUUGUUUUGCAGAUUUCUCCAUCCAUGGGCAAAGCUUCAACUGAGAGAGAGAGUGAGACUUUGUAAUUUCAGUUUGGUCUUGAAGGGGGAUUAGGGGGAUGCUGAGUUAUUGGAAACAAAGGACAGCACAACACUUUCCAGAGAUUAUCUGAUUACAUUAAGAGGACAGUGUAGCCAUGUGGGAUAACUG